AUGGAUUCUGAUCUUUAUCUCUUUGAUGGUUCUUCAUCUUCUUCCUCAAUCUGUAUGAGUACUGAACCAGACAUGUUUUCUUCAGACACAACAACAGAUCUCUUCUGCAACAAUCUUUAUCUCAAUCCAUUAAUGGAUGAUCAUCAAUCUCUUAGUUUCUUUGAAAAGUUCYCCCCGACAACGACGACUCAUCAUCAUCUUCUCUCAUCUUCUCCUCCAAUCUCUCAGCUACAAACCUUAAAUCUCUCUCACACAAACAGUUUCCCUAAUUUCUCUGGUUUCGAAAACUUCGACAACGUCAAAACAGAGCAGCUCGUGUUUAACUCUCAGUUCGAUGCUCCAUUCAUGGAAGAUUCAUCCAAUUUCCAGAACCAGAAUUUGUUAAACUCGCCGGAAAAUUCCUUCUUCUCCGGUCACAUGCGACGAGUUUACAGUACCGGAGAUUUACAGAAUCUGAGAAGAGAUUUUACGGGACAGAGAUCAUACUCGAGUCCUUUAGUGGUGGAGAGCUCAUCGACGACGAUGCCGUUUUCCGGCGAAGAACAGUGUUUGAAGGUGGGUCGUUACAGUGCUGAAGAACGUAAAGAGAAGAUUUCAAAGUAUAAAGCUAAACGAACACAGAGAAACUUCACUAAAACCAUUAAGUAUGCAUGCCGUAAAACGUUGGCGGACAACAGACCAAGAGUACGUGGCAGAUUUGCACGAAACGACGAAGUUUUUGAGAACGCCAACAUUACUUCUUCCUUCACUAGACAAGAAGACGACGACCUUUGGAAUUUGGAUGGGAUGCAUGAGGAAGAAGAAGCUUUUGUGAGCAGCUUUGUGGAAUGUCAGUCUCAGCCUCAAUUGCAAAUGCAAUACACAACAACAACAAUCUCAUUUUGGUGA